GGGGCCAUCCACACGGCGGGAGGAGUCUCUGGGGCCCACCUGAACCCGGCGUUCUCCUUCGCCAUGUGCCUGCUGGAGCAGUUUCCCUGGUGGAAGUUUCCCAUCUUCGCGGCCAUGCAGAUCUUGGGAGCGUUUCUCUCCGCCGGAGCCGUCUACGCCCUCUACUACGAUGCCAUCUGGCACUACGGCAAUGGGACCCUCACCACCUCCGGCCCCCGGGAAACCGCCUCCAUCUUUGCCACCUACCCCGCUGACUACCUCUCCCUCUCCAACGGCUUCUUGGACCAGGUGAUAGGCACAGCGCUGCUGAUCAUGGGCGUCCUGGCCAUGCUGGACACCCGCAACAAGAGUGUCCCCAAGGGCCUCGAGCCGGUGGCCAUGGCCCUGCUGGGGUUCUUGAGCCGCAGCCCUGCCCCCAGAGCAAUGCUGGGGGGUCACAGGGCCUCGGCGACUCGUGAACCCCCUUCUUGCCCCAUCUGUCCCCAGAGCAACUGCAUCAAGACCUCAAAGUACAACAUUGUCACCUUCCUGCCUGUCAACCUCUUCGAGCAGUUCCAGGAAGUGGCCAACACCUAUUUCCUCUUCCUCCUCAUCCUGCAGCUGAUCCCGCAGAUCUCUUCGCUCUCCUGGUUCACCACCAUUGUGCCUUUGGUUCUUGUCUUAACCAUCACAGCUGUCAAAGAUGCCACCGACGACUAUUUCCGCCAUAAAAGCGACAACCAGGUGAACAACCGUCAGUCUCAGGUGCUGAUCGGCGGAGUCCUCCGGCAGGAGCAGUGGAUGAACGUCCGUGUCGGAGACAUCAUCAAGUUGGAGAACAACCAGUUCGUGGCGGCUGACCUCCUCCUCCUCUCCAGCAGUGAACCCCAUGGGUUGUGCUACAUAGAGACCGCGGAGCUGGAUGGAGAGACCAACAUGAAGGUGCGGCAGGCCAUCCCCGUCACCUCGGAGCUGGGUGACACCAGCAAGCUGGCUCGGUUUGACGGCGAGGUGAUCUGUGAACCCCCCAACAACAAGCUGGACAAGUUUGGCGGGACGCUGUACUGGAAGGACAACAAGUACCCCCUGAGCAACCAGAACAUGCUGCUGCGGGGCUGCGUCCUGCGCAACACCGAGUGGUGCUUCGGCCUCGUCAUCUUUGCAGGGCCCGACACGAAACUGAUGCAGAACAGCGGCCGGACCAAGUUCAAGCGGACAAGCAUCGAUCGGCUGAUGAACACGCUGGUGCUCUGGAUCUUCGGGUUCCUGGUGUGCAUGGGGGUGAUCCUGGCCAUCGGCAACGCCAUCUGGGAGCACGAGGUGGGCGUCUGCUUCCAGAUCUACCUGCCCUGGGACGAGGGGGUGCACAGUGCCUUCUUCUCUGGCUUCCUCUCCUUCUGGUCCUACAUCAUCAUCCUCAACACUGUGGUGCCCAUCUCGCUCUACGUGAGCAUGGGUUCUGUCACCCUUAGCCCCGAGCGGCGUUGGAUCCCUGUCCUGGUUAACUCCAUGCCCCGGCUCGCAGGUGACGUGCAGGACGUGCUGGGUCACAAGGCGGAGCUGGGAGAGAGGCCAGAGCCAGUUGACUUCUCCUUCAACCCGCUGGCGGACCUGCGGUUCCAGUUCUGGGACCCCAGCCUGCUGGAAGCUGUCAAGCUGGGCGACCCCCACGUGCACGAGUUCUUCCGCCUACUCUCGCUCUGCCACACUGUCAUGUCCGAGGAGAAGAGCGAAGGGGAGCUGUUUUACAAGGCUCAGUCCCCGGACGAGGGAGCGCUGGUCACAGCUGCCAGAAACUUCGGCUUCGUGUUCCGGUCCCGCACACCCAAGACUAUCACGGUGCACGAGCUGGGUCGAGCCAUCACCUACCAGCUGCUGGCCAUCCUGGACUUCAACAACAUCCGCAAGCGCAUGUCCGUCAUCGUCCGCAGCCCCGAGGGCAAGAUCCGGCUGUACUGCAAAGGUGCGGACACCAUCCUGCUGGAGCGUCUGCACCCCAUCAACCAGGACCUGACCAAUGUCACCACCGACCACCUCAAUGAAUAUGCUGGCGAGGGGCGGCUGGAGGUGCGAGAGGAGCUCAGGAAAGCCCGGGAGAAGAUGAUGGAUGCGUCGCGCUCCAUGGGCAAUGGCUUCUCCUACCAGGAGAAACUCUCCUCCUCCAAGCUCACCUCUGUGCUGGAAGCCAUUGCGGGCGAAUAUGCCCUGGUCAUCAAUGGGCACAGCCUGGCCCAUGCGCUGGAGGCUGACAUGGAGGUGGAGUUCCUGGAGACGGCAUGUGCCUGCAAGGCCGUCAUCUGCUGCCGUGUCACACCCUUGCAGAAAGCCCAGGUGGUGGAGCUGGUGAAGAAGUACAAGAAAGCUGUGACCCUGGCCAUCGGGGACGGGGCCAACGAUGUCAGCAUGAUCAAGACCGCCCACAUUGGGGUGGGCAUCAGCGGGCAGGAGGGCAUCCAGGCGGUGCUGGCCUCCGACUACUCCUUCUCACAGUUCAAGUUCCUGCAGCGCCUUCUCCUGGUGCAUGGACGCUGGUCCUACCUGCGCAUGUGCAAGUUCCUCUGCUACUUCUUCUACAAGAACUUCGCCUUCACCAUGGUCCACUUCUGGUUUGGCUUCUUCUGCGGCUUCUCGGCACAGACCGUGUACGACCAGUACUUCAUCACGCUGUACAACAUCGUCUACACAUCGCUGCCCGUGCUCGCCAUGGGCGUCUUCGACCAGGACGUGCCGGAGCAGCGGAGCAUGGAGUACCCCAAGCUCUAUGAGCCCGGGCAGCUGAACCUGCUCUUCAACAAGCGGGAGUUCUUCAUCUGCAUCGCCCAGGGCAUCUACACCUCCGUCCUCAUGUUCUUCAUCCCCUACGGCGUCUUUGCUGAUGCCACCCGUGACGAUGGCGCCCAGCUGGCCGACUACCAGUCCUUUGCCGUCACCGUUGCCACCUCCCUCGUGAUUGUCGUCAGCGUGCAGAUUGGGCUGGACACGGGCUUCUGGACGGCCAUCAACCACUUCUUCAUCUGGGGCAGCCUGGCCGCCUACUUUGCUAUCCUCUUUGCCAUGCACAGCGACAGCCUCUUCCAGAUGUUCCCCAACCAGUUCCGCUUUGUGGGUAAUGCGCAGAACACUCUGGCCCAGCCCACGGUCUGGCUGACCAUCGCCCUCACCACCGUGGUCUGCAUUAUGCCCGUUGUGGCCUUUCGCUUCCUCAAGCUGGACCUGAAACCCGAACUCUCGGACACGGUGCGCUACACUCAGCUGGUACGGAAGAAGCAGAAGACCCAGCACCGGUGCAUGCGGCGCGUGGGGCGUGUGGGCUCGCGCCGCUCUGGCUAUGCCUUCUCCCACCAGGAGGGUUUCGGGGAGCUCAUCAUGUCGGGCAAGAACAUGCGUCUCAGCUCCCUGGCGCUCUCCAGCUUCACUGCCCGCCCCAGCGCCGGCUGGAUUGAGACCCUGCGCAAGAAGAAGGGCAGCGACAGCAGCACUGCCGGCAGCCCCAGCGGCACGGCCGACAAGACGCUCAAGGUGUGA